UUGUCAUUCACUAAGAAACAAGUAGAGAGGAUUCUUCUCAUAAGAAACAGGUAGAGGAUUCUCCGCCCUACAUACACCAUCUCUGCCUCAAAUAAAAGUUAAAACACAGCGUAAUACGAUAAGGUUCGUUGCAGCAGCAGAAUUAAGCAGUCGCCAGUGGAGGCUUUCCUUGUCAUCUGGGUCGGGUCAUACUAGAUGAGGAAAGGCCCAAACCCGAGUCCAUAUCCAAUCAUUAACCCUUUUCUUUGGGGAAUGGUUGGGAGGGAACGAAAAUUAGUGUCGGCUCUCGGGUUCGCUGCUCCAAAAACGCAAUAGAAAUCUCCCUCUCUCCCUCUCUCUCUCUCUCUCUCUCUGCAUAUAUAUACGAAAACUUUGCAAACGAACUCUCAUCACUCUCUCCAUCCUUUUCCUUUGGCUACCAUUGCAUCACUCCUCCAACCCAUCAAUUUCGAUCUUUCAUUUCAGGCAGAUGGCUGGUGCAAGAUUAGGCCAAUGGUUGUCUGUUCUAGUAUGUGCAGUCAUGCUGCUGAAAGCAGCCGCAUUACCUGUGGGAAUAACUUACGUUCAUAGUGCGGUUGCCAAAGGAGCCGUUUGCUUGGAUGGGAGUCCCCCAGCUUACCACCUUGAUAAGGGAUAUGGUUCAGGAAUUAACAAUUGGUUGGUUCACAUUGAGGGAGGAGGAUGGUGUAACAAUAUCACAACUUGUCUUGUCCGUAAAAACAACCGUUUAGGUUCAUCUAAGAAAAUGCUCAAGGAAAUUGCAUUUUCUGGGAUUCUGAACAGCAGGCAUAUAUUUAAUCCGGACUUUUACAACUGGAAUAGAGUCAAAGUUAGGUAUUGCGACGGGGCAUCAUUCACUGGUGAUGUUGCAGCUGUAAACCUAGCUACCGGUCUUUUCUUCAGAGGAGCAAGGAUUUUUCGUGCAGUCAUUGAAGAACUAUUAGCAAAAGGAAUGGGGAAGGCUAAAAACGCUAUUCUCUCUGGUUGUUCUGCUGGUGGAUUGGCGUCCAUUCUUCACUGUGACAACUUCCAUGCCCUCUUACCUGUUGGAGCUAAAGUGAAAUGCGUUUCAGACGCUGGUUACUUCAUUAAUGCGAAGGAUGUUUCUGGAGCACGACAUGUUGAACAGUUUUUUAGUCAAGUGGUUGCAACACAUGGUUCGGCGAAGAAUUUGCCUCCAUCUUGCACUUCAAAAUUGAGUCCAGGUUUGUGCUUUUUCCCGCAAUAUUUUGCCUCACAAAUCCGGACGCCAAUGUUCUAUGUAAAUGCAGCCUACGAUUCAUGGCAGAUAAAGAACAUCUUGGCACCUGGAGUUGCCGAUCCCCAUGGGACUUGGCAAAACUGCAAGCUUGACAUAACGCAUUGUAAACCCACUCAACUCAAAACCAUGCAAGAUUUCAGGGCGCAGUUUUUAAGUGCAAUUGGUGGUGUGAGCGGCUCUCGAUCAAAAGGAAUGUUCAUAGACUCUUGCUAUGCACACUGCCAAACUGAACUGCAGGAGACAUGGUUAAUGCCCGACUCUCCAGUACUGAACAAGACGACGAUUGCAAAGGCAGUUGGAGACUGGUUCUACGACCGAACUCCCUUUCAAAAGAUUGAUUGUCCUUACCCUUGCAAUCCCACUUGCCAUAACCGUAACUUUGAUCCAAAUCACCACCAACACAGUAAUUUCGCCAAAAUGUCGAGAAAGAAGGAAUUUCCAUGGCCGCUCCUGAUUUUCGUGCACCUCCUUGGCUUUCCAAAUUUCCAUGGCUGCUGCUGGUCGUCGUUCGAUUUUGGUGUAUGAGCAUAAAUUGGUAGUUAAUUGUAGUGUAUGAGCAUGAAUUGAUUGUUUCCAUUGAAUGGAAUGUAGGUCAUAGAAUUUAGCUAGCUGAUGUUAAAUUAUAUGAACCAAAUGGUUGUUUAAGUGGUUAGUUGAAAAAAGAUAAAAACUUGGAGGGUUUACAGUUUUUUCAAGGGGAAUUGUUGAGAUAUGCAGAAAUUGGAAUUGGGUCA